AUACUGAAUUACCGUAGCUCCCUUUAGAAAAUUAUUUGUUAUAGAGAAAUUGUAAAUUUUUUCACGACCUAUUUUUUCACGUAUUAGUAUUUAUUUUAUUUUUAGAUAAACAGAAACAUGUUAAGAUCAUUUAAAUGUAUAAAUAGGGUUUUAAAACCCUCCAAAAAUACUGUAUUAAACAGCGUAAAACGUUUAUCGAGUACACAACUGCAAUCAUCACAGCUUGAAGAUGACGACAUGCCCGUAUCGAUGGAAAAUCCUUUUAAACCAGAAAUAAAGAGAUGUCUUCUUUGUGGGGUUAGGGUUGAUUAUAAAAAUGUCCAACUUCUCUCUCAGUUCGUUUCAUCUGUAACAGGGGUUCCAUUAACACAAAAAAGUAGUGGUUUAUGCGAUAAAAAGUAUAAAGACGUUAUUAAAAAGAUUCAUAUUUCAAGAGUCAGUGGAUUUAUGGCAUACAGAACCAAAGAGUCUGUGUUUCUUAAUGAUCCCGAUAUCACAGAUCGUUCCAUGUAUACAAGGAGAAGAGAGCGAAUGAUUGAAAGAGGUGGAAUGGCAAAUGAAAAAUCUCCAAGUUCGGGUCCUGAUGAAUGGGAGUUGAAUGAACUGGAAGAAGUCAAGGAUUCUUCAAGUAGUGAUGACGUAUUCGACUCUGAUAUCUAUGCAUUAGACUCAGAUGUUCCCCAAAGAAAAGAUCGCACGAAAAAAAAAUGGAAAACGAGUAAAAUGGGUGAUUCCUCUCGGACAAUAUUGACUCAGAGUGACGACUAGUGCUGGGGAUUUUCAAAUACCUGAUGAUUUCAGAAUCGGAUCGAAUAUAUUUAUUCGAUAUGGUGCUUUGCACAUAAAUAAUGCUUCCAAGUAUAUGGUCUAAAUCAGGUUUUCCCAAACUUUUUGUGCCAUGGAUGUUUGUGAAUCUUGCCAGAAAAUCUCAAACAAAAUUUCUAUUUGACAAGCUACAUCAAAACAGCCAGCCGGUCCGAACGUUUCAAGCUGCAAAUUGCAAUUUAUGAUACAGAAAGAUACUAUUAUUUUUUUUUACAUUCAAAAGGGGGGGGGGGGGGGGUCCGACUCCCAAAACCACCCCUGGCUAUGCCACCCAUCUUACGAGAGAGCUCUUUAAGCUGGUUUCUUACAAUAGCAAUAUGCAAAUUUAAAUAUUUGAAAUCCACAUUUGAAGUGAUAUUCACCAAGUAUUUCAAAAAGUUUUUUUUUACGUUUACCUUUUUUGGGUU